CAGCUGCAGGAGAUGGAGACUGACAUGGACUACCUGUACACACAGUUCUACAAGAACGUCAGCUCUGCCAGAGACUGUGACUGCAAGGCAUUCACCGCCACCAUCUCCCGCUUGGAGCAGGGACUGACCAACGUCACAGAGCUGGCCAACGACAACCGGCUGGCCCUGGAUGGGAGUCCCGAUGCUGGGUCGGAGCGCUGGAGUCCCUCUGUGGAGGACAUCUACCAGGGGUUGGAUCACGUCAAGGCCUCCCUGGCCUUUGAGCAAGAGAAGAGCAGGACUCUCCACCACAACGUGACCCAGCUGCUGGCCUCCUUUCUGGGCAUCCAGAGUGACGUGCUCAGUCUGCGGGAGAGAGACGAGUGGUUGGCGGGUGAGAUGCGUCACCUCUCCAGCUCCUUCUUUUCUCUUUUGAACGAUGCCAUGCGCCACACCGACGUGCUGGAGAUGCUCCUGGGAGAGGAGGUGAUGGGGUUUAUGGACUGGCCCCUAAGCAACCAGGAGGCCCACUCCAUCCCUGCACUGCAGGAGAGGCUCCGCCACAUGCAGGAACAGAUCAGGGGCCAGAACAUCAGUCUCACCUCCCUGCUGGAGGCCACCCGGGCAGAAGAGUUCCUGGCCUCAGACGAGCCCUCUGUGCUGGUAGACUUGGCCUCCCGCGGCCUGAAGAGGAGGAGUGGAGACCAGAGGAGUGACCACCUCGUGGUCUCAGCAGCCUCUGAGGACCGGCAAGACUACUCUGACAGUGACCUGUGGAGCCUUGAGAAAGCAGUGAAGGAGCUGGGGGAGAAGGUCCACAGGCUGGAGUACAGGCCUUGUACUGCCAGCUGCAACAACACCAAAGUUAGCGCCAAACUGCAGGCAGAGGUGGCCUGGCUGAGGAGGAGUUUAGAGAAUCAUUUGAGUCUCUUCAAGAACGUCUUCAGUAACUCAGAGGGACUGGCCGACUCAGAAAGCACCCUGGACUUGGACCAGCUGUGGGCCCUGAUGAAGAGGAAGGAGGGGAAGAGACAGAGGAAGCGCAAUAACAACAAAGAGGGAAUCAAAGACCAUAUUGGAAAGAGAGAUAACCUUCGCAGCAGGAGGGAUACAUCAGUGCUAUCCAAGCUGGGGGACAGUACCCUUAUGUUUCUGGCCAGAAGCAUACAGCGCAGCAGACCAAGUGACAGCAGCCUCCUGGUGUUUGAGGACACAUCGCUAAACCUGGGCCAGAUGUACUCAACUCACACUGGGAUGUUCCAAGCACCUUUGGCAGGAAUCUACCUCUUCGCGCUGACGCUGAACUUUGAACCUGGCCCCUCGCUGUCUGGGCUGAGGAGAGAGAACAGGGAGCUGGCUGCCACUCUGCAUCAGGACAAGAUGG